CUAGGGUUGGUGUCACCCGGUGCGGUAACACUUGGUGACACCCCCUCCGACGAUCCCCGCAGAAUGGAUCGGAUUGAGCAUAAUGGAUCGGACUCUGAUCCAUUAUGCUCAAUCCUCAGACCCAAUCCAUCCUGCGGGGAUCGUCUGCUUGCUUUACAACUUACCUUUUUGUGGAGCGGGUCCGGUGUCACCCCGUGCGGUCGGUGUCAACCGGUCCGGACUGCACCCCCCGCACCUGCCUAAGGACGCCGCUG